UUAUAUUUUAGUUGACUUUUUUAUAUUUAGGGGCUGUUCUUAUUUAUCAGAGGAAGGGGCAGCUGAAUGUGACUAGACUGAAGAAAUGUCCACUUUCCCGGGAAUUUCUCUGCAGCCUGAAGUGACUGAUUAUCUCAGAAGUGUCUUCUUAAACACAGAGGUGUUGGCUGCAGUCGGCCAUCAGGGGGCUGAAUCUCGUUUCCAGAAGCUGCUCACAUGCCUGUCUCACCCUCCUUCAUACACUUGUGUGCGGGCCAGUACUCAUCUCGCACCCCUGGAAGAGAUCAGGCACAAGUUAGAAGAGGAGCUGAAAAAGCAGCUGUGCAGCUCAUCAGCGGAGGAGCUCUCCGUUCAGAUUCUUCCUCACCCGCAAAUUCCAGAUGUGCUGCUCCUUCCCGUCGAUGGCCCGAGACCUGUGCAGCAGCUCAGUUCAGAGGUCGUGGUCGGCGCUCAGUGUGGCAGCGCUGUACUGAGAGGUGCUCAUGUCUUCGUCCCGGGGAUCCUUGCCAGCCCAAAAUAUAUGAAGACAGGAGAUGUGGUAUCUGUCCUCUCGGACUUAGAGGGCCGGUGCACACGAGGAGCCACGACGUUCCAGGGAAAGACGGUGUUUGUGGGAAAUGGAGUCGCCCAAAUUGAUCGCUCCGGCAUCUUCUGCACAGAUAAGCCUGUCAAGGGAAUAGGUGUUCGGAUGAUAGAGCCACUUUACCGAAGUCCUUCUUUUGAUGGUGUUCUACCUGACCUGGCAUUCCUACAGAACCUUCCCUCUGUAGUUGUGGGACACGUUCUCGGGCCUCGUCCUGGAGAACGGAUCCUGGAUAUGUGUGCGGCGCCCGGAGGGAAGACCUGCCACAUCGCUGCGCUCAUGAGGGAUCAGGGCGAGGUUGUGGCUGUGGACAAGAUCCGAAAUAAGAUUGAUCGAAUUCGUCAAAAUGCUCAAAUGUUGCAUUUACGUUCAAUCAAAGUUUAUUGCUUCGACAGCGUUAAAGCUGUGAGUGGCGACGCAUCGGCACAGGACACUGAAGGACCUCCCUUCCCUCCUGAAAGUUUUGACCGGGUUCUGCUGGACGCUCCCUGUAGUGGACUCGGACAGAGACCCAGCAUGUCCUGCACCUGGAGCCUGAAGGAGAUCUGCUCCUACCAGCCGCUGCAGCGCAAGUUACUCCACAAUGCAGUGCGGCUGUUGAAGAAAGGCGGCGUUCUUGUGUACAGCACCUGCACAGUGACUCUAGCAGAGAACGAGGAGCAGGUAGCCUGGGCCCUCGACACCUUCCCCUGCCUCACACUCCAGCCUCAGGAACCUCACAUCGGCGCAGAAGGCAUGCUGGGAGCCGGCCUGUCACCUGAGCAGCUGCGCCUCCUCCAGAGGUUCAGUCCCGAGCUGAGCUGGGACCAGACGGCGGGCGCCCUCCACUGCAGAGCCGACGGGGACACUAUCGGCUUCUUUAUCGCCAAGUUCCUGAAAAACUGAACCAGAGGGCAUGUUUUCUCUUACAGCACCAUGAGCUCUCACACGAGACUGCAGACGGGAACAAUAGUGUUUAUAUUACCACGCUGUGUGUGCUUUGACGGGGCGGUGUUGACAAAGACGCUCACUGGGCUGUUUACAGCAUCUGCCUCUUAACAGCUGCUCUCUGAAACUGCGGGCCAUAUAGGGAUAAGCUUUAUAAACACCGAGGGCAGGAGAGAGGAGAGAGCACGGGAAAGAGAGGGAGGAGGGGGGAGGCACGUGGAGGCUGAAUGAGUAUUGGCAAAUGCAGCAGUGCUUGCAUCGCCAUAACAACAGUGACGACACAGCUGCCAUGGUGACAGAGGAUUCGCUGGAUCUCAGAGAUCAGGAAGUAGCGUGCAGAAAGAGGUCAUGAGAGAUAUUAACAAUUUAGUGUCUUUUAGUGGUGGCGGAGACAACCGGGACCUCUAAUUAAGAUUUGUGCAGCUCGUGUGAGAGACAUGAUGCUCGUCCAACAGGAGGAAAUGACAUUUUUUCAAAAUAAAAGUUUCUUUAAAAUAA